AUGCGGACCACCUGCGUUCCCUUCCUCGCCGUCAUGGCCUCUUCUAUGCUGGUCAAGGAGGCCAUCGCCGUCCCCCGCCAUGCCCACCUUAAUCUGCACGCUAAGCGCGACUACUACGUCGCUACGGACACUGUGAUCGUGACCGAGGAGGUCUGGGUCACCGAAGCAGCCGAUGGAUCUCUGGAGACUCGACCUGCUACGGCAACCGCCUUCGUCGAUGAGAGUGCCCUGAUGGUAGCUGAGCCGCUGCCAGGGGCGCCCCCCCUCGCUGCUCCGGCGACAACUCUGGUUCCAGUGGUUUCUUCGAGCAGCAGCAGCAGCAGUCUCCUGAAUGCUGAUCUGAUCGAGGCCAAGCCAUCCAACUCCUACGUCGCCCCCAUCUCUACUCUGGUCGCCGCCAAGCCGAUUGCAAGCGCAAGCGCAAGCACUUCUCUCGCCGCUCCCGCAGCUACCGCCUCAUCCUCCUCUUCCACCACCUCGACAAGCAAGCGAGGGCUCGCUUACAACGAUGCCUCCCUCCUCACAGCCUUCGCCAAGAACAGCAUGUUCUCCUGGUCUUACAACUGGGGCUCCACCCAAUAUGGUGGUACCGUUCCCGCCGGAAUCGAGUACGUACCUAUGCUGUGGGGCCUCUCGAGUGAUCAUACUCGCAACUGGGCCGACGCCGUGUCCACCGGUCUCGCCGCCGGAGCAACGCACCUCCUCUCCUUCAACGAGCCCGACUACUCCGGUCAAGCCAACCUCGGAUACGCCGCCGCAGCCACGGGAUACAUGACGUACAUGCAGCCCUACGCCUCCAAGGCCAAGCUCGUCUCCCCGGCCGUGACCAACGGGGGCGACCCCAUGGGCCUCACGUGGCUGACGAACUUCAUCGCGGCCUGCUCGGCCUGCACCAUCGACGCCAUCGCCGUCCACUGGUACAACGGCGGCGACGCGGCGGCCUUCAAGGCGUACAUGGCCAAGGCGUACGCCGCGGGUGGCAACCGGCCCAUCUGGGUCACGGAGUUCCAGGCCUCCGGCACGGCGCUCGAGCAGGCUGCCUUCCUGAAGGAGGUCAUGGCCUGGAUGGACUCUACGAGCUACAUCGAGCGCUACUCUUACUUUAUGGUCGCGGACGGGAACCUGAUGAGUGGCAGCGCGCUAAGCUCGCUCGGUUCGACUUAUGCCGCUGCCGCUGCGGCGUAA